AUGGCGCCGGCAAAUGGGUACUCGGCCCCGGGCGUCGCUUCGUACGACUCCAACACAAUGUCGGUCGGCGACGGCACCUGGGAUUUCGAGAAGAACACUUUCCUGCUGCCUAACCUCGUCGGUCUCAACUUUGAGACGAUGCAGUACAAUGGCAUGGGCAAUCGCUUCUCAACAGUCGCCCAAUACCAUACUCUGGUACUCGCCCAUGGCGUCAUGGCCGCCAUCAUCUUCCUCCUGAUCGUUCCGGUAUCCGUCUUCAUAGCCCGCUUCUACACGGCGAAGCCUGGUUACGCCAUACCCUACCAUGCUCAACUGAACAUCCUUGCCGCGCUUAUGCUUGUUGCCGUCUUCGUCUUGGGCUGGUUUGCGGUUGGCCCCGAACGGAGCUGGACCAACCCGCACCAUGCCAUCGGCCUAGCGAUCUUCAUCUUGUUCCUACUUCAGAUCAUUGGCGGUCGACUUGUGCGCAACAUUCGGGGGCGCUCGAUCCGGAAGAUGUUUCAUCGCUGGAGCGGGAGGCUCAUUGCGCUGCUCGGCAUCAUCCAGGUGGCCCUCGGCCUUACGCUCUACGGCUCGCCCAAGUGGACCUUUAUCAUCUACUCCCUCUGGUUGGCUUUCCUGCUGCUCAUCUACUUCGUCCUCAGUUAUCGUGCCGAAGGCACUGGGCGUGGCCGCGAGACCUACAUCAGCGGCGGCCGCUCCGAGGGCCCAAGCGGCGAGUCGGAGUACUACAGCGAUGUAUACACUGAGAAGUCCAAGGGUAACAAGUGGUUGGCGCCCUUGGCAGCUGGCGCUACCCUCGCAGCACUGCUCGGUCGCAAAAAGUUCAAGGAGAAGGAGAAGGAAGCCAGCCCGGAAAGAUCCAAGUCAAGGAGCCGCAGCCGUGGACCGGAGGUCGUUGGUUCUAGGCGGGGCUCGGCCAGUUAUCUUACCUCCAGAAGGGGCUCGGACACCUACCUCGAAGACGAGAAGUACACCGAAGUGGACUCUCGACGGGAUGGCAAGAAGUCUGGGGGCGGGUUCCUGUCGAAGCUGCUCGGCGUCGGCGCCGCCAUUGGCGCGGGAAAGCUGGUCUCGAACCUCUUCAAACGAAAGGAGAAACAACCACACGACGAAGAAUAUUCCGCCGUAUCGGCAGAGACCCCAGGACGGCGCCCAAGCCGAAGCUACCCUGCCACCAGCGAAUACACGGAUUAUACCGACUGGACCGAGGAUACCCCGCCACCUAGACGUGGGCCACGCGAGGGUUCCAUCCUGCCACCCCCUGGAGGCCCAACAGCCGCAGCCGCAGCUCUGAGUGCUGCCGAACCGCGAACGAACCGGCCUCCGCAUGCGAGAACCCGAUCACAGUAUAGCUUCGAGGAUUCGGAAUAUUCGUCAUACGUCAGCCCUUCAAGACGGAAAGACGAUCCAUCCGCCGGCCCUGCAGGUGGGGCCGGAAAGGGCGUCAUGGCCGGCUUGGGCCUAGGAUGGCUCGCUAAGAAACUGGCCGACCGAAAGUCUAAGCGCGCAGAAGAGCAGAGACUCCGUGACGAAGAAGACAUGAGAUCAGGAAUCACCGGAUCAAGGUACACGGGAGACGGCUUCUCAUCUCCGUCGCAUGACCAGAGAGGGUCUCAUCGUGCCAGUGGACGUCGUCCAAGACCGCCCAUGUCGGCCAUUAGCACUGAAAUCACAGAGAUGACUGGAUCUUCCGAGUUGGAGCCUCGACCCCCCGGCACAGGCUACGGAGGGCCACCAAUGCCACCACUAUCUGCAGGACCCCCACCCCGACCAAGGACACCCGCAGGGUCUGGUGGAUACUCUCAAGCAACCUCAAGGCAUGAUGUUAUCGACCCAGUGAGUAUGCCUCCAAUGCCUCCCGACCCAGCGGGAGUGCUCCACCGCGAGUCGGAAAGCGAAGGCUACAUGUCACCUGGCGGACGACCUCGCCGACGGGACUCAUCUAAACGAAGGAGAGCUGGAGAAGAGGCGGCUGCUGCUGCAGUUGCAUCGGCCAGCGCGCUCGCAGCGGCGGAGGACCGCCGCCGGGCUCACUCCGAGCGCUCGCAGCCUGUGAGCGUCAAGGUCAGAGUCCACGAUGACAAGGAUAGAAAUAUUACACUGCGGAGGUUGACCGAGGAGGAGGCCGCUGCUAGCAGGCGCAGCGAAAGCAAGAGGAGACGUGGCUCACUAAGCAGUUUGUCCGGAAUCGAAGUCGGCAGCGGCCGACGAUACCGCCGCGACUCGAGCCAAAGACGAGCCGAGUCGGCAGCAGAGUACGCUGCCGAGGCUGGAGAUAACCUGCCGCCGCCGAAUCCCGCAUUUGCCGCAGGCAGGAAACCCAAGGACUCGGCGUACUACUCCGGGGGCCCGCCGGUGCAACCGGCGCCCAUGGCCGGUGCGACUGUCUCUAGUAUAGGCAGUGAGAACACUCAUGGUACCUGGAGCCAGAUGAGCCCCUCGCCCAGUGCACCACAGACUAACCCUGUUGGGUCCGCAGCAGCCGAUAACCGUCGGAGAAGGAGACAGGAGCGCAGGCGGAGCAGCGCGAGCCGGCCGACGGGGGUGGACAUGUUCGAUUAA